AUAUCUUCCAAAAUCUUGUAUUGACUUCCAUCAAACAAGAUAGGACUGGGAGGCGAAGCUUGUAAUAAAAAGAGAAACCCAUCUAUAUUUUGGGAUUUUAAGUUCUAUAGCUGCAUGAGAUGAUAAAGCCCAGCCACAAUAGACCUCCUGUGCAUGGAAUGAUGAAAAGACCCAGCCCAAAAUCUAAAUCUCAUACGCUGCUUGCCUUUUGCUUCUGGUGCAUACAACUCUUGUGUUUGGUGGAGAGAUGCAAAGGUCAAGCUCCAACUAAUGCUACAACAGAUCCAUCUGAAGUGAGAGCUCUUAAUGCCAUUUUCCAACAUUGGGGUCGUUCUGCUUCUAAUGAAUGGAACAGAAGUGGAGAGCCAUGUAACGGGAUCGCCGUUAAUUCAUCAACGAUUAGCAACCCAGGGAUCAUAUGUGAUUGCUCAUUCAACGGUGGAUCCACCUGCCACAUAACCCAAAUCAAACUGCAGGGGUUGAAUGUGAUAGGGCCAAUUCCGGAAGAGCUCCAAAACCUGACUUUCUUGACAAAUCUGGAUUUUUCACAAAACUACAUAACGGGUCCCUUGCCAGCAUUCAUCGGCAAUUUAAGGUCCAUGCGAUACUUUUCUGUUAGUAUUAAUGCCUUGUCAGGAAGCAUCCCAAAAGAGCUGGGAAACCUUCGGAACGUAAUCUCCUUGGGUAUAAGCUCAAAUAACUUCUCUGGUUCGCUCCCACCUGAGCUGGGGAAUUUGACCAGUAUGCAAGAACUAUAUAUGGAUAGCAGCGGGUUAAGUGGCGAGAUUCCUUCAACAUUUGCUAGCUUGAGAAACAUGCAGAUAUUGUGGGCCUCUGAUAACCAGUUGACAGGAAGGAUACCUGAUUUCAUUGGGAGUUGGAAUCUUACCAAAUUGAGUAUGCAAGGCAAUGCUUUCGAGGGUCCGAUACCAUCGAGUUUUUCCAAUUUGAUCUCACUGACUGAUUUGCGGCUCAGUGAUGUGUCUAAUGGGAGCUCAUCGUUGAGUUUUAUUGAGAAUAUGACAUCUUUAAACAACUUAGUCCUAAGAAACAAUAUGCUUUCGGGUACUAUCCCAUCCACCAUUGGAAAAUACCAAUUAUUGAUGCAGAUGGAUUUGAGCUUCAACAAUUUAAGUGGACAAAUUCCAGAUUCUCUCUUCAAUAUAAGUUCACUUGUUUACUUGUUUCUUGGAAACAACAACUUAUCCGGUACACUACCAUCCCAAAAAAGCAAUACACUUCUUAAUGUAGAUUUAUCAUACAAUCAAUUAUCAGGAAGCUUUCCAUCUUGGGUUUCAGAAGGCGGCUUAAACUUGAGCUUGGUGGCAAAUAAUUUCGUAUUCGAUAGUUCUAACAGCAGUGGUUUGCCUUUAAGCUUGAAUUGUCUUCAGCGAAGCUUUCCGUGCAAUCGGAACCCUCCAAUCUAUUCUUCAUUUGCGAUCAGGUGUGGUGGGCCCACAAUGAAAACUACCAACACUGAGUAUGAGGGAGACAAUGCAACUCUGGGCCCAGCAUCUUAUGAUGUGACCAGCACAGAGAACUGGGCCGUCAGUAAUGUCGGAAGGUUUAGUGAAGGCAGCAACACUAGAUAUUUCAGAUAUGAUCAGGUUGUAUUUUCGAAUACAGUAGACUUGGGGCUGUUCCAAUAUGCUAGGCUAUCACCAGGAUCUCUGAGAUAUUAUGGUCUGGGGCUCCAAAAUGGGAACUACACUGUAAAUCUGAAAUUUGCAGAGACGGUAUUUCCAGAUUCUCAGUCAUGGCAGAGCACUGGAAAGCGCAUUUUUGACAUUUAUCUUCAGGGUAAACUGGAAUGGAAAGACUUCAAUAUAAAAAAGGAAGCAGGUUCUGUCAACAGAGCCAUUGAGAAGCAACAACAGGUCAUAGUAUCCCAAAACGUUCUUGAAAUUCAUCUCCAUUGGGCUGGAAAGGGAACUUGCUGUAUACCUUUUCCAGGCACUUACGGACCCGCCAUCUCAGCCAUCAGUGUUACUCCUAAUUUUCAACCGACUGUCAGGACUCCACCCACUCCACAAACUUCAGGAAAGAAGAACAAGACUGCUUUGGCUGUUGGAAUUUCAGUUUCUGUUGGAGUUCUAUGCAUUGUAUUGGUUGUUGUAGUUUUUAUCUGGAAAAGGAGUAAAAGGAUGAGCACUGAUGAAGAUGAAGAGUUUCUUGGAAUGGGUCCCAGACCAAACACUUUCAGUUACGCGGAACUGAAGACCGCCACAGAAGACUUCAAUCCUGCAAAUAAGCUGGGCCAGGGAGGAUUCGGGCCUGUUUUUAAGGGCACACUGCUAGAUGGGCGGAUAGUGGCUGUGAAGCAACUGUCAGUAGCAUCUCACCAAGGAAAGAGUCAGUUUGUAGCAGAGAUUGCCACUAUAUCUGCAGUCCAACAACGGAACCUCGUGAAGUUGUAUGGAUGCUGCAUCGAGGGAGUGAAUCGGCUCCUUGUUUAUGAGUAUCUGGAAAACAAGAGCCUCGAUCAAGCACUUUUUGGAAAGAGUAACUUGCAUUUGGAUUGGAAUACCCGCUUUGAGAUAUGCUUGGGGACAGCAAGAGGUCUCGCUUACCUUCAUGAGGAAUCCAGGCCUCGCAUUGUUCACAGGGAUGUCAAAGCCAGUAAUAUUCUGCUCGAUGCAGAUCUCAAUCCGAAGAUAUCAGAUUUUGGUUUGGCGAAGCUCUACGAUGACAACAUGACCCACAUCAGUACACGCGUCGCAGGAACAAUCGGCUACCUUGCCCCGGAGUAUGCCAUGCGUGGGCAUCUGACAGAGAAGGCUGAUGUAUUUGGAUUUGGAGUCGUUGCUCUGGAGAUUGUAAGUGGAAGGCCAAACACAAGCCAGAAUGUGGAUCCAGAGAAGAUGUAUCUCCUUGAAUGGGCUUGGUAUCUCCAUGAAAAUGACCGCGCAUUGGAACUGGUCGAUCCCACAUUAUCCAAAUUUGAUGAAGGAGAAGCGGCUCGGAUGAUUGGCAUUGCUCUUCUAUGCAUCCAGGCAUCGCCGACACUACGCCCACCCAUGUCACGGGUGGUGGCCAUGCUGCUGGGAGACAUUGAAGUGGGCACUGUCUUGUCGAAGCCAGGCUACUUAACCGGUUUGCCAUCCAAUGACACAAGCAGCUUCAUGAGUUAUGAUACUUCAAGAGCUUCGACUGGUGUAAGCACCACCAGCCAACAGUUCUCAUUGUCAAAUAAAAGCGGUUCACCCCUGGGCACCACUGAGCCAAUGCUGCACGAGGUUAUCGGAAAUGGACGCUGGUGUGUCAGACGAUCAGCGAAUUCCGGCUUCCCGUUCAUCACCUCACAGAAGAUUGCUGAUAGAACGACGGCGAGGAUGGCGAGGAUGUUUACAUCAUACAGCACGAUGGAUGCAAGCCCCGAUCCAACGGCGGUGCCAUUGACAAGCGCCAGCCCUUCCUUUGCUUGCAAUUCAAAUGGCCCACUUGUGACGCCAGCUCGCCUUAGGCUGUCGUCAGCACCUACGAUGGUGCCAUCUGGCAGGACGGCUUUCGCAUUCGGUCUGCCCGUUAGUAGCCCUGCGAUGUACGACAGCGGUACAAGAUCGCCGGAUGCUGUGAUCGUCCCACGAAGUGGGAGGAUCGCCCAGUUGAGGGGGUCAUUGGGUGGAGAGAGAGUUGGGUCCCCAGAUGCAUGGGGAUUCGUGCAGAUUGGGAUUGAGAAAUCUGCCAUUUCUGUUUUUGGGUGUUUGGGUGAAGAAAAUUUCAACUUGGAGAGAUUGAGUUUCCUAACCGGACAGGCUGGAUUGGUGGGGUUUAUAGAGGUUUUUGGGCAGGUGAGAGCUCUUAAUGCCAUUUUCCAACAUUGGGGUCGUUCUGCUUCUAAUGAAUGGAACAUAAGUGGAGAGCCAUGUAACGGGAUCGCCGUUAAUUCAUCAACGAUUAGCAACCCAGGGAUCAUAUGUGAUUGCUCAUUCAACGGUGGAUCCACCUGCCACAUAACCCAAAUCAAACUGCAGGGGUUGAAUGUGAUAGGGCCAAUUCCGGAAGAGCUCCAAAACCUGACUUUCUUGACAAAUCUGGAUUUUUCACAAAACUACAUAACGGGUCCCUUGCCAGCAUUCAUCGGCAAUUUAAGGUCCAUGCGAUACUUUUCUGUUAGUAUUAAUGCCUUGUCAGGAAGCAUCCCAAAAGAGCUGGGAAACCUUCAGAACGUAAUCUCCUUGGGUAUAAGCUCAAAUAACUUCUCUGGUUCGCUCCCACCUGAGCUGGGGAAUUUGACCAGUAUGCAAGAACUAUAUAUGGAUAGCAGCGGGUUAAGUGGCGAGAUUCCUUCAACAUUUGCUAGCUUGAGAAACAUGCAGAUAUUGUGGGCCUCUGAUAACCAGUUGACAGGAAGGAUACCUGAUUUCAUUGGGAGUUGGAAUCUUACCAAAUUGAGUAUGCAAGGCAAUGCUUUCGAGGGUCCGAUACCAUCGAGUUUUUCCAAUUUGAUCUCACUGACUGAUUUGCGGCUCAGUGAUGUGUCUAAUGGGAGCUCAUCGUUGAGUUUUAUUGAGAAUAUGACAUCUUUAAACAACUUAGUCCUAAGAAACAAUAUGCUUUCGGGUACUAUCCCAUCCACCAUUGGAAAAUACCAAUUAUUGAUGCAGAUGGAUUUGAGCUUCAACAAUUUAAGUGGACAAAUUCCAGAUUCUCUCUUCAAUAUAAGUUCACUUGUUUACUUGUUUCUUGGAAACAACAACUUAUCCGGUACACUACCAUCCCAAAAAAGCGAUACACUUCUUAAUCUAGAUUUAUCAUACAAUCAAUUAUCAGGAAGCUUUCCAUCUUGGGUUUCAGAAGGCGGCUUAAACUUGAGCUUGGUGGCAAAUAAUUUCGUAUUCGAUAGUUCUAACAGCAGGUGCUUAUCAAUCUUGAAUUGUCUUCAGCGAAGCUUUCCGUGCAAUCGGAACCCUCCAAUCUAUUCUUCAUUUGCGAUCAGGUGUGGUGGGCCCACAAUGAAAACUACCAACACUGAGUAUGAGGGAGACAAUGCAACUCUGGGCCCAGCAUCUUAUGAUGUGACCAGCACAGAGAACUGGGCCGUCAGUAAUGUCGGAAGGUUUAGUGAAGGCAGCAACACUAGAUAUUUCAGAUAUGAUCAGGUUGUAUUUUCGAAUACAGUAGACUUGGGGCUGUUCCAAUAUGCUAGGCUAUCACCAGGAUCUCUGAGAUAUUAUGGUCUGGGGCUCCAAAAUGGGAACUACACUGUAAAUCUGAAAUUUGCAGAGACGGUAUUUCCAGAUUCUCAGUCAUGGCAGAGCACUGGAAAGCGCAUUUUUGACAUUUAUCUUCAGGGUAAACUGGAAUGGAAAGACUUCAAUAUAAAAAAGGAAGCAGGUUCUGUCAACAGAGCCAUUGAGAAGCAACAACAGGUCAUAGUAUCCCAAAACGUUCUUGAAAUUCAUCUCCAUUGGGCUGGAAAGGGAACUUGCUGUAUACCUUUUCCAGGCACUUACGGACCCGCCAUCUCAGCCAUCAGUGUUACUCCUAAUUUUCAACCGACUGUCAGGACUCCACCCACUCCACAAACUUCAGGAAAGAAGAACAAGACUGCUUUGGCUGUUGGAAUUUCAGUUUCUGUUGGAGUUCUAUGCAUUGUAUUGGUUGUUGUAGUUUUUAUCUGGAAAAGGAGUAAAAGGAUGAGCACUGAUGAAGAUGAAGAGUUUCUUGGAAUGGGUCCCAGACCAAACACUUUCAGUUACGCGGAACUGAAGACUGCCACAGAAGACUUCAAUCCUGCAAAUAAGCUGGGCCAGGGAGGAUUCGGGCCUGUUUUUAAGGGCACACUGCUAGAUGGGCGGAUAGUGGCUGUGAAGCAACUGUCAGUAGCAUCUCACCAAGGAAAGAGUCAGUUUGUAGCAGAGAUUGCCACUAUAUCUGCAGUCCAACAACGGAACCUCGUGAAGUUGUAUGGAUGCUGCAUCGAGGGAGUGAAUCGGCUCCUUGUUUAUGAGUAUCUGGAAAACAAGAGCCUCGAUCAAGCACUUUUUGGAAAGAGUAACUUGCAUUUGGAUUGGAAUACCCGCUUUGAGAUAUGCUUGGGGACAGCAAGAGGUCUCGCUUACCUUCACGAGGAAUCCAGGCCUCGCAUUGUUCACAGGGAUGUCAAAGCCAGUAAUAUUCUGCUCGAUGCAGAUCUCAAUCCGAAGAUAUCAGAUUUUGGUUUGGCGAAGCUCUACGAUGACAACAUGACCCACAUCAGUACACGCGUCGCAGGAACAAUCGGCUACCUUGCCCCGGAGUAUGCCAUGCGUGGGCAUCUGACAGAGAAGGCUGAUGUAUUUGGAUUUGGAGUCGUUGCUCUGGAGAUUGUAAGUGGAAGGCCAAACACAAGCCAGAAUGUGGAUCCAGAGAAGAUGUAUCUCCUUGAAUGGGCUUGGUAUCUCCAUGAAAAUGACCGCGCAUUGGAACUGGUCGAUCCCACAUUAUCCAACUUUGAUGAAGGAGAAGCGGCUCGGAUGAUUGGCAUUGCUCUUCUAUGCAUCCAGGCAUCACCGACACUACGCCCACCCAUGUCACGGGUGGUGGCCAUGCUGCUGGGAGACAUUGAAGUGGGCACUGUCUUGUCGAAGCCAGGCUACUUAACCGGUUUGCCAUCCAAUGACACAAGCAGCUUCAUGAGUUAUGAUACUUCAAGAGCUUCGACUGGUGUAAGCACCACCAGCCAACAGUUCUCAUUGUCGAAUAAAAGCGGUUCACCCCUGGGCACCACUGAGCCAAUGCUGCACGAGGUUAUCGGAAAUGGACGGUGAUGAUCGCUUCCUAUCUCUCCAUACAUGCAUAAAUGUAUCUGUAUGUAUAUACAAUAUAUAUUGAGACGCCGAGCGAUUUGGUUAUUGAUAUUUGAGACAUUGUUUCCAUUUAUUUAGCUUGCUCUUAGUUUGUGGACGAAUAAACGCUCGCCCAAAGCGGCAGCAUUGAGUGAAUUUGAACUAGCGUUGUUGGAAAAUUUGGAGAGGAAUAAAUAUAUUUUUUAUUUCCA